CAGCACCCCCCUGCACGUGGCCAUCUUGGAGCGACAGACGGACAUGGUGGAGAUGCUGCUGAGCGAGGGAGCGGAAGUGAACGCGGCAGACGCCAACCACAACACGCCGCUGAUGCUCGCUUGUCACGUCGGCACGGCAACCGUAGUCUCUCUGCUGCUAGACUACAGGGCGGACACGACGAUGAAGGAUGACAAGGGAUGGAUGGCAGACGACGCGGCGGUGAUCGCCGGCCAUCACAAGUGCUCACAGCUCAUCGCAGAACACAACGCGCAUUUGAAAACCCCGGCGGCGACCGUCAGCAAGCAGACGACUUACUCUGGCGACAUGCCGCCAUCCUCGCUCAAGCCCACUGCAUAUCUGGGAUUGAUGCUUGGGGAGAUGGCCGAUGGAAGCUGAGUUCGCGGACCCGCGACUGCGAACGUCGGAGGCUGA